AUGUCAGGCUCCAACCACACCAACACCUCCUUCUUCCUGACUGGCAUUCCAGGCCUGGAAGCAGUGCAUGUCUGGUUCUCUGUCCCUUUAUGUGCCAUGUAUGUGGCCACUCUGGCAGGGAAUAGCCUGAUCCUGUGGGUGGUGAAGGUAGAGCCUGCCUUGCACCAGCCAAUGUACUACUUCCUGUCAAUGUUGGCCAUGACGGACCUGGGCUUGUCAGCUUCCACACUUCCCACCAUGCUCAUCAUUUACAUGCUGGGUCUCAGGGAAGUGGCACUGGACACUUGCCUAGCCCAGCUCUUCUUCAUCCAUAGUUUCUCUAUCAUGGAGUCUUCUGUGCUGCUGACCAUGGCUUUUGACCGUUUUGUGGCCAUCAGUAACCCCCUGCGCUAUGGCACCAUCCUCACAAGCCCCCGCAUUGCCAUCGUGGGCCUGGCCAUCCUGGUGCGCAGCAUCAGUCUCCACAUCCCGGCCCCCAUCAUGCUGAAGAAACUGCCUUACUGUCGGAGCCACCUGCUCUCCCACUCCUACUGCCUGCACCCAGACGUCAUGAAGCUGGCCUGUGCUGACACCCACAUCAACAGUGCUUACGGUCUCUUUGUAGUUCUCUCUACACUGGGUGUGGACUCAGUGCUCAUUGUUCUCUCCUAUGUCCUGAUCCUCCAAACAGUGCUGACCAUUGCCUCCAAGGCUGAGCGCCUCAAAGCUCUCAACACAUGUGUCUCCCACAUCUGCUCCGUACUACUCUUCUAUACACCCAUGAUUGGUCUGUCUAUGAUCCACAGAUUUGGGAAACAGGCUUCCCCCUGCAGUCGUAUUUUGCUCUCCUAUCUUCACUUUCUUACACCUCCGGUGCUCAAUCCUGUUGUUUAUACCAUCAAGACCAAGCAGAUUCGACAGAGGAUGCUACGCCUCUUCUGGUCAGGUAAAACUGUCGUCAGAGAUACACAGGGUCAUUAA